AUGGAAGCUAUGGACGACCAGCAAAGGCUCCUCCGCCUCCUCGACGCCAAGAUGUCGGCCAGAAUGGGUUCUACUGUUUCUGAACUUGCGAUGCCUUCCAGAAAGGAAUUAGAGGGGUUGUGUCGUAAUUUAGAAACACGGGUGAGGAUGAGGGAUGAAAAUCGAGCUGCUCGAGGGAUUAUCUACGAGGCUCGCCCGGAUAUUCUGAAGGAAAACACAAAGUUAUGGCAAGCGACUCUUCUCAUUUUUGGCGAAUCUCCGUACGGCAUUUUUUCGAGAACGAAGGGGAUGAUGUACCUCACGGGGAGUCAAUUCAAGGUCGGCGAUACAAGCCCUAUCUUCACACAAGCGUCAGUAGAACGCCUUCUAAGCAUCAUCAGCCACCCGUUCCUCAAUGAAAGAUCAACUUCCGAGACUUUACGGCUUUUUCUACAAUUUUCCGUGAUCGCGAAGAUUGGUGCUAGGACAGGAUGGACUCCGCCGCUUGCGAGUGGGAGAUCCUACUGUCCCGCUCUCGACAAUCCCGUCCUCGAUGAGCUAAGGAAGGAGAUGUCUCUGGUGUCGAAAAAGGACCGCCCAUCCGAGUCGAUAUACGAACGAUUCACCCGACUGACGAAAUCACAUCCGGAAUCAGUUGAGACCUUGGUACUUGCAAAAGUCGGGCGUUUUGCCCAGGCGAGGGUUCUAGGGUUUAAUUACAAAAUCACGAGGCGUCAAAAGGAGUUGUACAAUCAAGAAGGCGUUUGUGCAGUCUCCAUCCAGGAACUGAUUGGCAUAUGCCAGGCCAUUGAGGAUGUAGCCUCCGCAAAACAAGAAAUGUCAACCCGAAGAGCACUGUUGGCAUUCAAGGAAGCUAACUAUCGCUGGCUACCAUUUCGGCCGAAUAAAAUGGCCUCGGUCAUGGAAAAAGUUUGGAGAUACGAAUCCAAGCUUUGGUACAGAUCACAACAGAGCCAUAUUCCCGCGGAAGAAAAACCCCAGCAGCGCAUGGAUAACAUCGGCACGACACCAACACCGAAAAGUGCGUCUGGUGACUUAUCGGAGGACCGUAGACCCGAUCAGAGCAACAUGGCAGUUGAAUGUCAGAUCACACGAGAAGUCGUUGCCGUUGACACAGAAGAUGUCACGAAUUGCUGCGCUGCCAUCGACCAUGCGCCUAGGAAGAGUCUUGCGGAACUCUGGAUGGAUGAAAAUCCAUUUGAAACCCCAGCCUAA